CCACAUUUUUUCAUAAUUCUCACCUCUUUACUCUCGAAAUAUUCAUAAGCAGCUGUUUGGCUCUUUAGUUAGACUUUACACUCGAUUGAAAUGGCUUCGGCGGUGACUGAUUACUGCAGGACAUUGGGAGCGGACGGGCGGCAGUUGCGUUUAGCGGGCCAUGUUGGCUUUGACAGCUUACCGGACCAGCUUGUCAAUAAAUCAGUGAAUAGAGGCUUUGCCUUUAAUAUUCUGUGCAUAGGUGAAACAGGAAUCGGAAAAUCAACUCUGAUGGAUUGUCUUUUUAAAACGACAUUUGAAGGAAUUCCUCAUUCUCAUCAACUUCCUGGUGUGAAAGUAGAGGAUCACACCUAUGAUUUGAAUGAGAGCAAUGUGAAACUGAAGCUUACAGUUGUGGAUACUGUUGGUUUUGGAGACCAGAUCAACAAAGAAGACAGUGCCAGUCCUAUUGUGGAGUAUAUUGAUUCCCAGUUUGAAAAAUAUCUUCAACAAGAGCUCAAGAUAAAAAGAACCCUGAAUGUGUACCAUGACACACGUGUUCAUGUUUGCCUCUACUUCAUCUCUCCCAGUGGCCACUCGUUAAAAUCUCUGGACCUUGUUUGUAUGAAAAAACUGGACAAAAAGGUGAAUAUUGUUCCCAUAAUUGCCAAAGCAGACACCAUAGCAAAAAGUGAACUGAAACAAUUCAAAGAGAAGAUUAUGGAGGAGCUUACAAGUAAUGGUGUAGAAAUUUACCGAUUUCCAGUUGACGAUGAGACUGUUGCUGAGAUGAAUGCUGGCAUGAAUGAGCAAAUUCCAUUUGCUGUUGUUGGAAGCCGUGAAGAGGCUAUUAUUAACAAAGUGAAGACGAGAGCCAGACAAUAUCCUUGGGGGACUGUAGAAGUUGAAAAUGAAAAUCAUUGCGACUUUGUGAAACUGAGAGAGAUGCUUGUACGAACAAACAUGCAGGACUUGAUCGACAAGACGCAUACCGGGCACUACGAGUUGUACCGCAGGAACAAGUUAGAAACCAUGGGUUUCAGUGAUGGUGACGGCGACAAACAACCUCACAGUCUACAGGAGACGUACGAGCUUAGGAGACAGGAGUACAUGAAGGACAUACAAAGCAGAGAAGAGAAAAUGAGACAGAGCUUUGUAGACAAGGUCAAAGAGAAAGAGGCUGAAUUAAAACAAGCCGAGCAAGAGCUCCAUGCCAAGUUUGAACAUCUUAAGAAGACACAAGUAGACGAAAAGAAGAAGCUGGAAGAAAAACGAAGGUUGCUGGACGAGGAGAUAAAUCUUUUUAACAAGAGAAAGGCCGCCGCCCAGGCUGCGCUGGCUCAAGCACAACAAGCCACCGCUCAAGUUGCAAAAGAACAAAUGAAAGGAAAGAAGAAAUGAAAUGCCAGACGCGUAGAAUGUAACCAAAUUGUUAAUUGUUGUAAAGUUUGCAACUCUCGUGAAAUGGGAACCUACGAUAGAUAUAUACUAAAUAUCACGUCAUGUAUGCUA